AAUCUCUCGGUUGAUCUGGAUUUUAAUCAGAUGAGUUAAAACUGCUUAGAUUAAAAGGAAACCAUCAUUAAUAAAGGAGAUGAGUGAGUUCAUUUUAAUGAAGUCUAAUCUUUUCAGCUUCGAGGUUUUACUGCUUAGGUGUCUUGAAGCAGCUGUUUCUCUCUCGUAUCUAAUGUGUCAAUCUUACCUCAAGACCUUAAGACCUGGUUCUUCUCCAACACUGCCGCAGGUCCUGGUCCUGGCUCCCACACGUGAGAUCGCUGUGCAGAUCCACUCUGUCGUGCUAGCCAUCGGUUGUGCCAUGGAGGGUCUACAGUGUCAGGUGUUCAUUGGUGGCCGACCUGUGGCUCAGGACAAAACUCAUCUGAAGAAGUGUCACAUAGCAGUGGGUUCACCAGGUCGUAUCAAGCAGCUGAUUGAGUUGGGUAUGUUGUCCACAGCCAACAUUAGACUCUUCGUUUUGGAUGAGGCAGACAAACUCCUAGAGGAAGGGAGUUUCCAGGAACAGAUCAACUGGAUCUACUCCUCUCUGCCUGUGAACAAACAGAUGCUAGCCCUUUCUGCCACUUACCCAGAAUCCCUUGCGCAGCACCUCACCCGCUACAUGAGAGAGCCCACGUUCGUUAGACUUAACCCAAGCGACAUGGGCCUCAGAGGUCUGAAGCAAUACUACAAGCUGAUAAAGUCUUAUCACUUACCUCACCAAGUGUUUGAUGAGAAAGUUCAGCAUCUGCUGGAACUGUUCAGUAAAAUCCCCUUUAACCAGGCACUGGUCUUCUCUAACCUACACUCCAGAGCUCAGAACCUGGCAGAUCUCCUGUCCUCCAAAGGGUUACCAGCAAUUUGUAUUUCAGGAGGGCUCACCCAGGAGCAGAGGCUGGACGCCAUGUCUAAACUGAAACAGUAUCAGUGCAGGGUUCUGAUCUCCACCGACCUGACAUCCAGGGGCAUUGAUGCAGAGAAGGUCAACCUGGUGAUAAACCUAGACGUCCCUCAGAACUGGGAAACAUACAUGCACAGAAUCGGACGUGCAGGACGUUACGGAACUCAGGGUCUGGCUGUGACCUACUGCUGCCACGGUGAGGAGGAGAACAAGCUGAUGGCCAUCGGUCAGAAGUGUGGCCUCAGUCUGACUGCACUGCCAUCCAUUUUAGAAGCCAGUUUAAUGGAUGAACCUUGUGACUGGGACCUCUGCCCCGAAGUGUCUCCUCCGUCGUCACUCUCUAACAUCAUCUCCAGGACAGAGAAGAAGAACAAUACUGAAGCUUCUGCCACUGUUCCCAUCUCAACCACUUGUGAAACUGCAGAGCAAUGUGCACCAGCCAAGCUGAAGAAAACAGUAAUUACUGGUAAAGGCGAUGCCAUAAGCACUCCUCAGGCAGCUGUAACACGAAAACAGCUUCAGGAGGCCUUACCAAAGAUCCCAUCUCUGAGCUCUUUCAAGACCUGCAGGUCUAGAAAUAUGACCUUGGACGAAGCGGAGAGAGACUUCGAGAGCUUUAUCACCACAGGCUUGGGCAGAUCGGUGGAGAUCAUCAGGGAGUUCAGGGGUCGAGACGUGGACAGCUCUGAUGAUCAGAACACAACAUAUAAAGACGACAACUCUGCAGCGUUGCCAUUAUCAAGAGCUUCGUCUACAUCUUCCGUGUCUGGUUCCUUCAGCCAGCAGGAUAACGAUAUGAGAAGUUCCAGUCAUGAUCAGGGAUCGGUAACGGAAUGUCAGACGAAUGAAGAAAACAAGCAAAUUGAGUUUUUGGCGCAACCUGGAAGCUUUCAGUCUACACCAAGCAUCAAAAGAGAGAGUGAAGUCGGUCAUGAGAUUCCAGAAUGGAGGAGAAGAAACGAGUGGAAAAAGACUAAAGAAGAAAGUGGUGAGAGAAGGAACAUUUCUGAGAACAGGAGCAAGGAGAGGAGUAGACACGCGGAGGUCACGAAGUUCAAAGACCACGGUGUGAACUCUGUUGGUUCUCCGGGCUCGUGUGCUGAGGACAAGUUUUCUCAAUCAGUGAUGACACCUCACUCAAAUCAAACAAAAACACAUCACAAGGACCCUUUCGGUGUUCAGCGCCAGGAUCGGUCUCCACAUGACAACAGCAAAGAACGCGUUCUGACAAAAAGUAAAGAAAAAGCCCCAGUAAAGACGAGCGAUGAAAAUGAGAAACGGAGCAAAAAGAGGAGCAAAGACAAAAUUCCAGAAAAGGACAUUGAAGAAGCAGACUCUGAGGUAGAGGAUGAGGAGGGAUGGGACUCUAAAGAUUACUGGAGAGCCUGUUACAGAGCCUGGAAGAAUUUUUACAGUUCCACAUCUCCAUAUCCAGGAUUUCAGCAGUACUACAGUGUUGCGCCAAACUGGAUGGCAGCAUACCGUAUGAACGCCGUCUACAUGGAGGCACUCAUGAAACACUGAGUCUGUAUUUACAUGGACAACACACAUCUGAUUAUGGACUUAUUUACAUGUUUAUAUACCAGAAUGAAACCAGAGGCAGGCAGUACCGUCUGAAUGAUGGUUCAGGAUUUGUGGUUUUCAAAACCAACGCUAAGCCCAAUUCCUGCAAAAGAAAAGAGUGAAUAUUAUUUCAUAUACCCAAUGAAAUCCAAUAGAAAAUAAUGACCUGAAAAGCAGUAUUUAUGAACAGAAGACCAUUGAGUCUGGAGGAGAUGACGAGCUUUUCCAAAUGAGAGUCAUCUGUGAUAUCUGGAAAGACUAAAACCUGAUCAAAUUAGACCAAAACGCAGCUAAAAGGAAAGUCAACUUAUUGUUAGAAUCAAGACCAGGACAAGAAGUCACUGAAGUUCUUAUCCUGGGAGCCGAUAAAAAAAUCCCUGAAUGUUAUUAAGUGAAAAAAAAUCUCUUUCUAAUCUCGCUAUUUGAAGUGUUUAGAAAAAUAAAUGUGUUGUUGAAGGUUAAAUAAUGUUCCUUGUCUUUUGAUUAGACCUGAUGUUUGUAACAGAAGAGGAAAAGGCUCUGUGAACGGCUGUAUUUUCUGUCAAGGUCAAAAAUUGGUCCCUCCUGAUUACAGACUAAUCAAGAAGGUUCCUCCCAUUCAGCCAAUCAGAAGAAAGGAAAAGCCCUCCAUUGAAUGAUUUAAACCCACUUGAGUUAAUUUGUACCCUUUUUGUGUGGUAAAUCGUCAUCGGCAGCAGCAGGAGAUGAAGGUACUCCAGCAUUCGCUGAGCAGUGCUGUGUUGAUAGGGUGGUUGUUUACACUAUGUGGAACCAGACCAAAUGGUACCAUGAUGAUCAGCGAGAUACGGUUGUAGAUUUCUUCUUCCAUCUGUUGAACUGCACAGUCCUGGGUGUGACUCUGACCCUGGGUUUACCUGGAAACCUUUGGGUGUGUUGGUUGGUCUUUAAGACCAGGAGUCUUCAGACGUCCGAUAAUGCUCUCCUGGUUAGUUUGGCUGUCAGUGAUCUUCUGAAGUGCUCUGUGGACACACCUCUGCUGCUGUUUUCUUUUCUGUCCUACAGCAGGAAAGACGGCCCUGCAUCUGUCUCCAUACCCGUGGGUAUGUGCACCCUUCAGCAGUUCACCUACGCCCUCUGCUGCUGCGUCCAGCUCCUCACCCUGGCUGGAAUCAGUGUGGAACGUUUUCAGGCCAUCGCCUUUCCAUUCCAAACAGAGAGAAGGAAAGCCAGAGUCCGGGUCUGGAUACCGUCCAUCUGGCUGUGUGGUCUGAUCCUGGCAGCUGUGUCUUUGACUUUAUCCAGUGAGGCGCUCUUCUACCUGCUCUGUUACCCUCAUCUUGUCACAGAGGAACGUCUUCAACAUCCAGAUCCUUUUGGAACCUAUGUUUUGGUUCCAGUGUGGUGUCUGUCCAUCAUCCUGAUCGUGGUUCACUACACCAGGAUCUUUAAAGUGGUGAGAAAUCACAGGAGGAAUGUGUUCUCCAGAGGAGUCCAGCUGAGGUCCACGGUCUCGAACCAUGUCUGGGCCUGGCUCAGUGCACCACAGUCUGCUCGUCGGGUCAGUUCUCAUGGUUUCUGUGGUCCGGCGGCACCAAGGCGCUCUGUGGUUUUAGUGGUUGAGCCCGGUGAAGAGAGAGAAGAAGGUACUCCCUUAAGGGCAGCUCCGGAGAUCGUUGGGGCCGUUUGUUUAAUAACACCUGGAGCCAGAGAACGAGGAAAGAAACGUAUGGAGGGAAAAGUGGCUCAGCGUUUUGGCUACAUAAUUGUAGCCUUCACACUUUUCUGGACACCGCUGGUCAUCAUUUUGCUGCUGAGGGCCAUGUGUAGGAACCCUGACAAACUGCUGCUGGAGCUGGAAACAUCAGCCCUGGUUCUCACCUGUAUGCAGGCUGCUGUGGACCCUCUAAUCUACACUCUGGUCACCAGACAGUUCAGAAUGGAACUUACAAAGUUCCUCUCAUCCAUCCCUGGAUGUCCUCCAGGAAGACAGGUCUGAAGAAAUCUUAUCUCUGAAGGAAGCAGUCUGAGUAGUCAGUGGUCCCCAACUUUUUUUUGUACCAAGAACUGGUCAGCAG